AUGUUAUUAGUCGGCACUGUUGAGGUUGCCUUCCAGCUUGUAGACAUCUUCCUUCUCAUGGGUGCCCCUGCUGUUCUUCAAAGUGAUAAUGGCUCAGAGUUCACAUCCAGGGUGAUUGCUGAGCUAAAAGAAAUGUGGCCAAGUCUCACCAUGGUUCAUGGGAAGCCCCGUCAUCCACAAAGUCAGGGUUCUGUGGAACGUGCGAAUAGUGACAGUAAGGAUAUUUAUGUCAGGAGAUCAUACAACAACAACAAGUUUGCUGCAAGUUCUACUGGUUCAGUGACCACUAGCGAAGCGACUACAAGUGACAAUAAUGAUUUAUUGGCCAUUGAAGUAACUGAGGCACUUUCUGUUGAUGCCAUUGUUCAAACUCCUCAGAUACUUCAAGAUCACCAAGACCAAAUUCAGAAACGUAGAGUGGAAGCAUACAGAGGGCAGGUAUCCCAAGCUGAAAGAACGGUCAAACGUUGUCGCUUAGACUUUAAAGUUGGUGAACCUGGUGACCAUGUUGCUGUCCCAAUUCCAGCUGUGGAUCGUGGUAGAGGAGAUCCACGCACUAUCCUGGGUGUUAUUGUCAGCAGAGAUUUAGACAAUGACCAGUAUAAAAUAGCUGUGGAGUUGGGUGUUCUAAAGGUGUCACUUCGAGAAGCUGUUAUUGCACAAUCUGCAUGUGGUGGUCAGGGAUUCACUAGAUGCAACUGUAGUGGUUUGAAGAAAUGUUCAACUAAUAGAUUAUGGUUCAGCUACAUUUUCCAGCAUCCUAACGAUACUUCAUCAUAA